AUGCACGCCCAUGACCGCCUUGUUUUUCUGAUGACGGCGUUCAUUGGUUCUAGUGCUACAAUUACCACCAAGAAUGGAGAAAAAUUCUCUGGAAUUUUUUCUGGUUCUGUUCUCGAACCCAACGAGACAUCAUUUAUCUUAAAAAUGACGCGGCGUGCUUCAGUAGACCCUGACUCAAUCCGCCCAAACGGUACCAGCCAUCAAUCAUCCCCAUAUCUCGGCGCUGCCCCGGACCAUAAGAUGGUUUUCGAUGUCCAGAAUCUUGCAGAUUUCGCCGUCGAGGGUGUCUCUACUGCUGGAAUGGAGACUAAAGAACAAAAUGGCUCUGCUUUCCGAACCGAUGCCGACAUCUCUGGGAACCAGCCGGGGCGUGAAAGAGAACUGCAGCCCUGGGAGCCAGGGACAGAUACUGUGGUGGAAAUGUCUCUCGAGGGAGGCUCAACUGGCACCUGGGACCAGUUUGAAACAAAUGCUCGACUUUUCGGAGCGACCUCGAGUUACGAUGAAGAUUUGUAUACAACUCGUAUCGAUCGCAAUGACCCAUCAUACAAACAAAAGCAGGCAGAAGCCGCUCGCAUUGCUCGCGAGAUUGAAGCUAGUGAAACGACUAACAUUCAUGUACGUGAAGAACGUGGCUUAGUUCAUCCCAACGAGGAUAUCGGUGAAGAGGAGAAGUAUAGCGGUGUUCGCCGUGACGAAUUUCCGCCGUUGCAGACUGGUGGACUCAAUAAAUACACUCCACCUGCUCGAAGGCCACCAAUGGGACAUCCUACGGUACCUGGCGCUCCGAUAGACCCUGCGAUAAUCUCGGCUCAAGUUGCGCAGCCAAAGCCGACACAGCCCAAAUCAGCUCCUAGGGAAGCUGAAGUGAAGCAACAUGAGAAACAGGCAGAGAUUAGAAAUACGCCAGAAGCUAAGGCUACCAGUGCAGUCACCUCAACAGAUCUACCAAACCCAGCAUCAACCACUGAACUCACUGGCAACACUGAGGGUAAGCUUACAGCUGUUAAACCCAUUCCGAGUUUGAAUAUUCCCCCCAAACGCACCGGUGUAGAGAAUGCAGUUGCGAAUGUCGAGACAGAGGUCCUCGGCCACUUCCGUCAGUUUGCUAACAGCGAGAAAUUGAAAUUUCAAGAGCGUCGCCGUAACCAAGCACAAUAUGACAGAACCAUUAAACUCAACGAGUUGGUCAAAUUCAGCAAGAAUUUCAAACUGGGGACGCCAGUUCCGAAGGACUUGGUACCAAUAUUAGCAAAAGACCCCAACAAGCAAGAAGAAAUAGUCCAGAGAGCCAAAAAGCAGCACGAGGAGAAACUGGCUGGUGAAGCUGCUGCGAAAGCUGCCGCAGCCGCAGCCGCAGCAGCGGUGGCGUCAACAGCCGCUUCUGCCUCUACAACUACGGAACAAAAACCCGCUCCCCGUCAAACUGGACCAACGGGACCCGCUCGAUAUGAAAUGGGCACGGUACCGUCGAUGCCACCGCCUGAUCGGCAGAUGUAUCCUCGUGGCCGUCAGGGUUAUCCGCCAUUAGGACCACAAAGUGGGCGGCCUCUCUCACACCUUCCCUCACAUCCUGGCCGUGCGGGAUCUGGAUUGCUAAGUCAUCGUCUAGCUGAUAUCCAGCAGCAACGUAAAGGUGCUGCCAUGGCCUCCGUCCCUACACCCCUUCCAAUCCAGGAUACACGCAUUCCACCAAGCGGCCCAGUGGGCGGCGACAACGCCAAUACUCAUAAGCAAACUCAGACUCCCACUUCAGCGGUUUCCACCAAGUUUAACGCCCAAGCUAUGGAAUUCAGACCUAACCCUGCUGCGCACUCAUUCACGCCUGCAAGUGCUUCUGCGGUGUCGUCGAGCCCAGCUUCAAAUCUUAUAAGACCCCCCCAACAUGGGAAGUGGCACCAAUUAAUCAGGAAAAAACCUAUGCCGAUAUGUUAA